ACCUGAUUCCCUCACAGCACCUGGAACUAGAGCCUGGAAAAGAUAAGGGACCACACUCCAACUAUGCAAAGACUCCCACGCUGCCAUGGCUGCUUUCUGCCCACCUCGCCUUGGGCACCAUUGCUCAUCUCCGGUGAUGCUGCACACAGAUUCUAAGAGUGCAAGGGGCUUCUUCUAUCUGGUCCCGAGCCACUCUGCAGGGAACCUCCAGGAGAGCAGAAGAGUCAGGAGUUACCUAGUUGGAAAGAAGUUAAGAAAAAGAAAACCCAAGCCGGGAGUCAUGGCAGCCAAACCCAAGCUCUACUACUUCCGUGGCCGGGGCAGGAUGGAGUCGAUCCGCUGGCUGCUGGCUGCAGCUGGUGUGGAGUUCGAAGAGGAAUUUUUUGAAACAAGAGAACAAUAUGAGAAGUUGAAGAAAGAUGGACUCCUGCUUUUUGGCCAGGUGCCUCUGGUUGAAAUUGAUGGAAUGGCACUGACCCAGACGAGAGCCAUCCUCAGCUACCUUGCUGCCAAGUACAACUUGCAUGGGAAGGAUUUGAAGGAAAGAGUCAGGAUCGACAUGUACACGGACGGCACUCUGGACCUCAUGAUGAUGGUGGCAUCGGCUGCCUUCAAACCCCCCGGGGAAAAAGAGGAGAACCUGGCUUUCGUGGUGGAGAAAGCGAAAACCCGGUACUUCCCCGUCUUCGAAAAGAUUUUGAAAGACCAAGGAGAGGAUUUUCUCGUUGGCAAUAAAUUCAGUUGGGCAGACAUCCAGCUGUUGGAAGCUAUUUUAAUGAUGGAAGAACUUGAUGCUUCUGUUCUUUCUGACUUUCCUCUGCUACAGGCAUUUAAAACAAGAAUCAGCAACAUCCCAACAAUCAAGAAGUUCCUGCAGCCUGGGAGUCAGAGGAAGCCGCCCCCGGACAGCCACUAUGUCAAAGUUGUCAGGAAUGUUUUGCAGUUCUAAUGCCAGAAGUUUUAUGAUGGCAGCUUAACCAAUCGUAGCAUCCACUUGGAAGCAAACUGUAGAUUCUAAGAGUAAAGUGCAGAUUCUAGGAAAACACAAGACCGUAUUAUCAUCAGUGGCAACUGCCAAUUAAAUGCAAUCUAAAACCA